GUUACCUGCCGAUUGGAAAUUCAAAUUAGAGGUCGUUCAACAGCCCAUUCGAGCUCGCGCUUGUGGUUAUGGUAAUAAGGAUUAUCGCUCAAUUUCCCCUCCGAUUUUCAUAAAAUUAAAUAUUUAUACGGCUUCAGGUCCCGUGAACAUUGAUCUAUAUGAUCGUUCCAGUGAAAAUUGCACAACUGUCUGGGUAAGAUCUUCCAAUCCUCACCUUCCUCAAGAAAACAUAUUAAACCUCAUUGGUUGUAGGAGCGAAAUUUGUCAUGUAUACACAGAUGAGCAGGGAAACAAAGGGCUGUGGUUCAUUUAUGCCAAUUUGGGUAUUAGAACCGAAAAUGAUUAUUUUUUAAGAUUUCAAUUGUUUUACCUUGGAUGGCAAGGACUUCUGAAUACAGGUUCUGGUCAAAUAAAAGAAUUGGCUGUAGUUGAUUCAGCAGAAUUUAAA